AUGGAAAACGCAAAAGCAUUGCUCAAUCACUCUUCUCAUUCUCUAAAACGCUUACUAGAUCAACUUCCUAAGCAAUGCUUUUGGGAUGAUCUCGAUCUCCAUCAAUGGGAAGGUUUUUGGUAUCGACCCGCUCACUUAGAAGCUGCAACAGUGAUUCGAUCACACUUUGAAGCACGCGAUGACGAUGUCAUAUUGGCGUCACACAUUAAAGCAGGUACAAAUUGGCUCAAAGCUCUUUGUUUUAGUAUCAUGCUACGCAAAAAUGGUGCCGGUAACGACGAAGAAGAACAGGACCCUCUUGUCAAUAUCAUUCCCUUCUUAUGCAUAAAAACAUUAGAGGUCCACGUUUACGAACCAAAUCCGUCACGCAAUCUCUUAGGUAUGCCAUCUCCUAGAGUAUUUCAUACUCACUUGCCAUACAGUGCCUUACCAGAUUCAAUUAAGAAUUCCAAGUGUAAGAUUGUUUACAUUACUCGGAAUCCGAAGGACACCUUGACGUCCAUGUGGCAUUUUUUUAAUACUCGGAGGACACCUGAACAAGGCAUCUAUCCAUUUGAGAAGGCCUUUGAGAGCUUUUGUGAUGGGGUUCACCCUUUUGGACCUUUCUUUGAUCAUGGCUUAGAGUAUUGGAAGCAGAGCUCAAACAUGCCUCACAAGAUACUAUUCUUGAAGUAUGAAGAUCUUAAAAGUGACCCAAAAGGAGAGUUGAAAAGGCUGGCCUCAUUUCUUGGAAAGCCAUUUGUUGAUGAGGAUGAGAAUAUUAUUGAUAAGUUGUUGUGGAGGUGUAGCUUGGAGAGGCUCAAGAACUUGGAGGUGAACAACAUUGGUUUGGAGCCUACGUCCGGGAUUCCAAAUAGUGCAUUUUUGAGGUGUGGUGUUGUCGGGGAUUGGAAGAACUACUUCACCACCGAGAUGAAAGAGCGCCUUGAUCAAAUUACUUUGAUGAAAUUCGAAGGAUCUGGCCUUGAAUUCGAGACAUAAAGGAUUUGGAGGAAUUUGAUCCAACUAUUACUAUCCUUGAGCCAAAUAAACUACUUUGUUGUUGCUAUUCAGCUCGAGUAGAAAAUGUUUGAAUAAAAAGUUGUUGUUCUACGGAUAAUCCCAUUAGAUUGGUAUCCUUGUUUUGUAAUUUGAUGUAUUGCUAUGUAAG